AUGUUUUAUUUUCUCUUCGAUUUCCGCUUUCACAUGUCAUUGUAUCCUGCUUCGUUCUAUCCUUCACGGGGCUAUCAAAUGUUCAAUCGCUCCGUGACAAAACACAACCCAGAUAUAUAAGGUAGAGGAUGUAAUACGUGGGUAUCACUCAAACGGAGAGAUGGCGUCGAAAGUACACGUGCUGUGCCUUGCAUUCGCUGUGGCGUGUUUUCCAUACACUCUGGGGCGCCUGUGUGACUUCCAGAGUGGAAUGUGCGAUUGGACCCAGUCAGGGAGUGAUAACUACAAUUGGUUUCGAAAGUACGGACAGACAUCUACGUCUAAUACAGGACCAACUUAUGAUAAGACCUAUGGAAGCACCGGCUAUGGCUACUACCUCUACAUUGAGGCUUCAAACAUGAGCCCAAAUAACGUUGCGGUGCUUCUUAGUCCUGUGUUUCCACACAAGAAUAAUCGGCAAAUAGUCUGCGUGCGCUUUUGGUACAACAUGUACGGAUACUACAUGGGUAUUUUGAGAGUGAAACGCUUACUAACCAGCCGUAACAUCGGGACAGGGAUAACCCUGGGUUCAUGGAGUGGCCAGCAAACAAGCCCGACGAAUUGGCUUGAGGCGAAUCUGUGUACAAGCGACCCGACGUCAAAUUUUAGGAUCGCAUUUGAGGCAACGAGGGGAUACAGUGAUACGUCAGACAUGGCCAUCGACGAUGUAGAAAUAUUUGUGCUUCCGACAGAAAUCACAUUGUCAGAUCCUACCGGCUUGCUUCCAUCAACUGAUGCAAUCUCUUACCUGGUACAUGGAGUGGAUUCGCAGUUUACGUGCCAGCUACCAGACAUCGACCCCGGAGCAUCGUUCACCUGGACACUCGGCGGUAGGGAACUAACGUUCGCCAGCAGCACGAAUGGCGCUGGGUCCGGUGGAUUGAUAACCAGCAAUAGUUCGCUCAUACUGACCCCGACCUGGAGCAACCACAGCGAGUUGCUGCAUUGCCAGGCCAGAAAUAAGCAAAACCAUCCUGGUUUGAGCAUCAGUGCAACGCUCGAUAUAAAAGUUCCACCGACAGUGAUAACUAUGUAUGAGUCAACCGAUAACAUCACCCAAACCAACGGGACAUCUUUUGUGAUCAAGGGAGUGGAGAGUGAGUUCAUCUGCGAAGUACCGGGGACUCGCCCCGCGGUGUCGAUCGAGUGGAGCUUGGGGAGUUGGAACAUCACGGCAAACGAAAGCACGGAUGUCGUGGGAGCCGACGGUCUGACCACCAGCAGGAGUACUGUGAGACUGUCCACUACGUGGAAUCACCACGGAGAGCUACUGCAGUGCUCUGCUUCAAACAUCGAUAACUGGCCCGCAGUGAACGCCAGCGUGACACUUGAUGUUACAGUUUGUCCUAGGAUACACAUCACCACUUGCCCACUGACAGCUACGACAGGUAGCAACUCGUCAUUCCGCUGCGUCUCCGAGAGCAGCAAUCCGGAGCCCGAUUUGAUGUGGUUCAGAGACGAAGAGGAACAGGUCAAUCCAGCACAGCCAGAGAUAACGGAUGGCGACUACGGUGGCCGAGUGACGACGCUGAACUUCACGACAGGUGUACUGACCGAAGAGGACGACGGGGCAUUGUACACGUGCUGCGCGAGAGGGAACGCAUUCUGCCCACGUGUGUGCGACGCUUGUCUGAUGAACGUGGCAUUCCACUUAUCAGAUGUGAAAUCUGACCCGGGGCUUUCUGCCGGCAGAGCAAUCGCCAUUAUCCUAUCAGUAGCAAUCAUUGUGGUCAUUGUCGCUGGAGUCAUGCGCCACAGAAGGUCAACCACCAAACGUAGCCAAGGAUGCCAACCUGCAGAGCACACGGGACCCGAAUCUGGUAAGAGUGAUGAGGGAAGAUAUGCCGCCGUGGAAGCUGGAAAAAACACGGGUGUUCGCAUGCAGGUGAUGCCCCCAGCUGAGAGGAAAUAGACAAUUGGCAAGCUCUGACCACUGGUCUGUUACACAAGAACGAAAUGAUCAGAGUUUGAUUUUUUAUUUCAUGAGUGUAUUUUCGGCAUGUUUAUUAUAGGCAGAACAUUUACAUGACAAACAUGAUUUGAUCAAAAACAACAUAUUUAAUUAUAGAAACAAUGCCAAGUGCUUGUAUUUCCCAAAUAUUCACAGUAGUAGAUGUCAUAGUUUGUUGUGAACUUCAGUGUAUAUGAACCGACAGUAUUGCUAAAGUAAAGUGGAAUUUGAAAGUUUCUGCGUAUAUAUUAUAUAAAUAUAACGUUGAUAUAUUAAGUUUCUCAGAGAUCCAUUUUACUCUGAAGUUAGAACCGCGUUUAGGUUAGCCACUUGCAUCGAUUUUCCAUCAUGGCAACUUUACAAGACCGGAUUUUCAACAACCACUUGAGCAUUUCGUAUUUAUGUGUAUUUGGUCUAAAAUGAAAAUUACUCAGAAUUCUAUUGUUAAUUUUAAAGAAUAAUUACACAACUUCAAUGUUGCGUUUUGCCCUUCACCGACCUAUAUGUCCUGCACUGGCGUACAUCUGAGGUUUCAGAACAGUAGCAUACUGUAAGAAUGGAAACAUUGCAUUUCUAUAAUCAGCUGCAAAGCUUUAAAGGAGGCGAUUCUGCCCAAGAAUUACAGACACCAAUAUAGUUUAUGUUAUUUUAAGUACAUACAUAUUAAUCAGAACGCUUGUUGCAUGUCAAUAAUAAUAAUUAAAAAAAAAAAAAUAACUUUUGCAAGUCUGCAUAUUAAAGUGAAUCGGCAUGAUACACAGUAAAAUUAGUUUAGUUUACAUUGAUAAGCAAAAAUAAUGCAUAGCCUUAAAAUACAUUUGUCAUCUAGUUUGACUAAAUCUUAGGCCGGAACACUGGGUCAAUUUAAAGCAAAGCAUUUAUUAUCACUACGCUCUACGUUGGUUACAAAUGCAGUUUAAGGAUAACAGAAAAAAAAGUACUGAACCGUUUGAGGGCUUUGAUAAUGUAUCGCUUCAAUAAAAUAAACACACAGAGUGCAUGGUAUGUAA